GCUUUUGAAAGAUCACUGAGAGAGGACUUAAAGGAAGGUGAUGUUGAUAAUAUCACGGACAAACUGACACCGCGGGCUCUCACAAAAUGUGACACCAACGCGUUACUAAUGGCAAUGGAGGUGAGUCGAAAAAAACGAAAUGUUUGCUGAAUGCAAAUGUGGGCAUGUAUUUCAUUAAAGACUUCUAAUUUUGUCGCUUGGCACUGUCGUUGUACUUGUUCAGUGUCUCUUGUUCGAAGGCAACUAUCCCUUGUCCUUAUUGUAGUUUUUGUAUAGAAAGUCGUAUCCCAAUCCAGUGCUAGUUAUGAAUUACUUAACUAGGCCUCCCUCGGCAAGCGGAAAAUAUCGUAUUUUUUUAGUUUCCAGAAAGAUAUUGUCUUGUUUAGCUGCAUCACUUUUCUGAGAAUAGAUGUGACCUAAGUAUUUGGCCUGAUUUAGCUGCGCUCUGCCUUGUGGGAAACACGAGAAUUCACAAAUUCACCCAAGAGAUUUAUUGUAGAGUUAUCCACUUACAAGUACAGCAGGAUCAUUUUCAUUAUGACAAUAAUCAAGCUUGAUUAUAUAGAAGUUAUAGCACCCCUCAAUUUCUUUAGCUUUAUUGUUAAGGUAAGAAAUCAAAGCUCCAUGCUAUUCUUCUGAUCAGUUUGAAAGCAGUUUGUUAAAUACUUUGAAUCAAUGUACUAAGUUUGCCGGAUAAAUUUCUGCUGUCCGGACCGUUCCAACCCUUCUGCUGAAUCAGUGAAAGGUUGUCUUCCUGGCAAAAACGAACUUGCAGUGAAAAUUCAAAACUAACUUCCACAGGUGAACUUUGAGCUCCGCCGCUUGGCAGAGAAGAAAGGACCUGAUGAAGAAGACUUCACUAAAUUGGCGAAUUCGGUGGACGAGUUUACAAGUUGUUUACUAGACCCUUUGAAAUCCAACACGGAGGAUCGGCAUGCCUUUGGGAACUCUUUGGAUUACCUCUUAGAUGCUGGCAUUGAAUUGGAGCAAAAGAAAGUGCGUAAUGAAAUUUUUAAAUUCAGAAGUAUAGGUGAUUCAGUGUCAUGGAUUGAAGAAUGCUUACAGUGGAACUGCUGCUAAGAUUUAUAUGGAGUAGAGAUACAAUGUUAUGAUGCAGGACCUUAUUGUUAAAAUUUAAACGAUGAACAAUAAUCUUGCUUUUGGAAAUUAAGAGAAAUUUAUUGUUUGCUUUUUUUCAUUGGCAGUUUUUUGCUCACCCAGUAAUGUACAAUUUGAUGCGGAAGAAGUGGUUUGGACGAUUCGGUAAAAUGAAGAGAUCUUCCUGGCUGGAGGUUGGACGGUGGAAAUGGCUUUUUCUCAACAUUUGGUGUUUAUUUGACAUCGUUUUGUUUCCAUUCUUGUUCACUUUGUUUUACAUCAAGCAUCGAAUCAACAAGGUUACGCGUAGAAGCAAAGGUAACAUCUUCUGACUUGCUAUUUGUAAGGGUAAUCCCGCCUUGCUUUCUACUAUUUUUUUCUUUUUUUCUUUUUAGUUUAUCAGAUUCUACAACAUUCCGGUGCAAUCAUAUUCCUGUGCGUAAAAGAACUUCUUUGAGUUACACAUUAUUCUAGCUCAUACAGACCUUUUUGCAAGCCUUUGUGAACAAUAGUUCACUUUGUCCCACCGCCUUCUUCAGGUUGUUUUGAGGUCUGUUGCUGACAGAAAUGUUACAUUUUCCCGUUAUUCUUGAUUCUGUCAGGCGCUAAGAUAAACUUUAAAUCGAAUAAUACUCUUCUUUCUGGUUUCUAUCAACGCUACCAUGCCAUAGAUAUUUGAAUCGAUUUGAAAUACUAUUAGUACAGCUAUGGUUUCAAAAAAACAAAGAGAGCGAGUGAAAUAACAACAGUGAACCUGCCGACGCACUUUGGAAUGCAAUGGAAAAAGCGUUCAGAAAGCUACUUUUGGAAGAAUAAACUGUGCUUUUUUAAUUAUCUUAUCUUUAGCUUCUUAAAAUAUGACAGGGACAUCACAACAGCGUGUGCUUAUAUUAUUGUUACUGUGGGCCAGAAUCGUCUCCGUACCUGAACAACCGGACUAUUUAACAAUUAUUCCACGAGGGCGCGUUGGAUAUGAGAUGAUAGAUAGCCAACGAGGCGCAUAGCGCCGAGUUGGCUAUAAUCAUCUCAUAUCGAAUAAGCGCGAGUGGAAUAAUUGUUUUAUUAAAAACGCCCACAAAAUCUCGUUGAAUCUCCCCUACAAGAACAAACCGGAAAAGACAAGGGACUUCCGCUAUUCACAUGUCACACGUCUAUCAAAACUGUCAACGCGCGAACGGACUCGCCUGGACUGCAUGAAUGAAAAAUCAAAACAUUGUAGCGAUGAACAUUAGUUUUUUAAAAACCCAUCGGGAUUCUAGGAUUUUACACAGCAGAACAGCUAAAAUAACCUGGCAGAUAAUGUGAAGGAAAAGAAUUUUUAAGAGACAGCCGUCGAAAUUACUGUGAAUUUGGUUAUGAAAGUAAGAACAACGGAGAAAAACCAUUACCUCGGUCACUUGUUAUGAAGUUGUUUGAAGCCACAAGCUGGUUUUGCUGAACGAGAAAAGAAGCUAUACUGCCGCCUCGAUUGCUCUAGUGAAUGGCUGCAUAGCCUGUAUUUGUAGCUGGUUACUUGUGAUUUAUAUUCUUGAUGUCGGAUACACAAGCCGCAGUUAUCUAUCGGCGAGUGACUCGAUCGGCGAAUGGUUUCGCGAUCAUGAAGAAACAACACUUGUCUUCUUUCGUAGCUGGUCAAGGUACUUUAGUUCCAUGUGUUUUCAUGUGUUUUUCGACAAACUUUCAAACAAGCUCUUGUGGCUUUUUUGUUUGUUUUUGUCUUUUUUCUUUCGAUGAAAUUGCAUUUCUAGCAUUCUAAGAAAUGAAUUAAAACAAUUUGCUUCGGGCGCCGUUCUAUCCUUCGCGAAAAAAUCUCAGCUAGCUUCCAAUUUUAAACUGACGCGUACACCGACCGUAUAUGGAGAGCAUGGUAUAAUAGCACAUAUACCAUAAGGGCUAAGCCAAUCAAAAUGCUAGAAUUGCAUUAUCCAAUGAUUCAGUUUUUAAUAAAAUAAGAUAGAUCAUACCGUCGGGGUCAUAUGUCCCUUACGCUUUUCGAACAGUUGGGCGGGUUGUUUGACGUCCCCCUCUAAUUGAUAAGGAACAAUGAAUGAGACAAGGCUAACGGUUUAACUGUUCAACCACGAGUUCACGUGAACUGAGACAAGGUCUAAAAUCCCAGCCAGCACGCUCUUAGCUCUUACCAGUUUGUAAAAGACCCUGGUUGGUGGUUCAGUGUGCUUCGAUUCACGAAUUACCGCUCAGCAGACCUGCUCCCGUCCAGCUUGGAUAACCAGGCGGCAACUGAGCUAUUGAUGGCUGGGAUUCGAGUGGCCGAUUCGCAAUAACGAGGCUUAGCAUGGUUUAUCCCAUCCCAAUUAUUUCACGAUUGAAAGCAAUGCUACCUUGUUACCUUUUCCAAUUCAAGGAGCGUCAGGCUUUCAGCACAAGCUGUUGUAACCAAUGCUUAUUAGACUUGAGUGAUUAUGGUCAUUAAAUUUAUUGUUUUCUUUUUACAGAGAUAGACCUUGCCUUUGUUAUAACCGCAACUUCUGAUGUCGCAGAUGAAGCCUUCAAAUUGAUGAAACGCAUCAUAAUAUACUUAAUGUGUAAGUUCAAGAACAGUCAAGUAAAGUACCAUAUUUUAGUUCAUGGAGAAGAUUCAUCUUCGAGGGAAAUUUGUUUUACUAACGAGCCUUGCGACUUCACAUCAUUGUUUGACAAAGUGGAUCAGCUAACAAGGAACGCCGAAGUCAACAUCCCCGCUCUUCACGAAAAUCUAAAGAAAGUAGGGGAAGCUUUCACACUUAGCAAGGGUAAAAGGCCAAACUCAGAAAAGGUACGUACCAAUUAGCAAAACAAAAUGUACUAAUACCAUUUUUCUUUUGUUUAGUCAGUUGUCCUGUUCAAACGAGGUCUGGAAGGGUUUUCCUGGGAUCCGGAAUUCAAUUUUCGUCAGGUAGACCAAUAUACUGACAAUGGGGGACUCGGGAAAUUUUUUACGGGGUACGGUGUUUGACUGCUACCCUGGAAGCGGGAUGGUCACAGAUGCGGGAUUGAGAAAGAAAGCGAUAUUCAGGGUAGCGAUGAUGACAGAAGUUCGGGAUGCGGGAAUCUCGUGAAAAAGGAGCUGGAAUGCGUUAUCAAGACCCCUUUUCCAAACUCUUUAAAGAGCCUUCUUCAGUCUAAGUCAGACAUGACUGCUAAAGACCCUCCAAUUUGCCAUUUCAUUUAAAGCUAAUUAAUGUCAAACUAUGCAUGUUGUUUAUGCAGGCUCUAGUAUUGUUGACAGACCAAAAGAUUUGUUUAAGGCAAGACAAGAAAGACGUCGAGGAAGAAGUUAAGAAAGUCAAAGAAAUGGGAGUCAAUAUUCUGCCAGUGGGAAUGGGCCCGCACAUCGACAUCCGGGAAUUAGAGGGGAUUAACAGAGACGGGCACAAGAUCAUGCACUUUGGAGAAUACGCAAAUCCGAAAACCGUUGGCAACAGCAUUUUUAACGGUAUGUGUAUCGUAGAUGCUGGUUUUUGCAUUAAACCAAGAUUGCUAGGUGCGCUGAAGAAAGUAUAGGACGAUUUAAGCAAAAUAUUGAAGUCAUGGAGUGAAUGAGCCGUGAAUUAAUGUGCGUUUUUUAUUUUUUUUCCUCAGCGCUCCAGGGAAAAGAUUUAGUUGGUAAGUGCGAUUCAUGAAAUUUCGAUUAUCAAUGAAUCAGGAUGUUUGAUUCAUUUGAUCCAAGUCAGCUUUUAAAAAUCAUAUAACAGACAAUAUAUUAUUGCGGCAACCCUUCAUUUCAGUUGAUACAAUAAUUAUCGAGCGAUGAGUGGAUUCCCAAGUUGGGAUGGCCAGGAAAUAUCAGUUCUAAAACGACUCGGGCCAUCGAGAAGAUCUAGAAAAAAAGGCUUGAAAGCAGAAGACAUGUUUGUAAUAUAAACUGUAAAUCCUUUCGGUGUUUGUUUUGCAUUAUACCCAGAUGAUUGCUUAAGUUAAACCAGGUUAUUAAGAUUCCCCCUAUAUGAAGCGACCACCUUCUGUGUAGCAGCCAUUUACCACAGUGUUAUGGUGAUUUGCGAGCUUAGAAUGGCAGCUUUUAUCAAACAGAAGGCUUGCUCCAGUGACAUGUAUUGAGUGAAUCUAACACAAUAGAAAAAAUGAUGGCCCUUCUUUAAUUUCUGUCUUCGCAGAAAGUUACCGGGAAUACUUUACAACUCCAUACUUCGUGUUCAUUCGUGACACGCUUAGCUACCUUACACUGCUUGGUUUACACAUUGCUCUUUGUCUUGAGACAUCAAGCAUCCCGUUCAGCAGUCUAGAGUGGGCAAUUUUGGUGUUCUUCUUGGGAAGGAUUUUGAUGGAGAGUCGGCAGUUCUUGGAUGUCAAAAUACAGCGAAAGAGUCAAUCUGCAACAAGGAUAUUAGGGGGAUCAAAGUAUCAAAUCUGUAGUGAAACGGAAGAAGAAAAAAGGAUAAGCUCAACGAAAGCAGCCACUCUUCUAAAAAGAUGCAACAAAUACUUAAGGUACCAAGACACCCCUUGUGUCUUCCGUCUUAAUAUAAUAAUAAAAAUAAUAAUAAUAAUAAUAAUAACCAAUCUUUAUUUAAGUAUCAGAACAAUAAGUAACAAUUACAAUAUCAAACUAUAUCGUAUUGUUUACAAAUUAAAAACUUAAUAUAUGUCCACGAUAGAAAACUAUUUACAAUUGUGAAUAAUUUAAAAGUGGGAAAAGGAAAACUAAGCAUUACUAAGAAAAAGAACUAUCAAAAAUCUAGGCCUAAAAUUAUGAGUGUAGAUGUAGACCAGCUACAGCGAAAGUGAAGUCUUCUGAGACCUCACGUGAUUUGAAUGGAUAUCUAGAAGCUCUGACGCAUCUGUGUACAGUCCUUAAUAUAGCAAAUGAGAGCUGUAUUCGAAGCCAGGAAAUAACGCUGGCGUAGGGUUCAUCGUUCUUUCAUAGUCGAAAGCUUAUUUGCGAGAGUUCUUAAAAAGUUCUGACGGUCGAGUCCCAUGCCCUCGUUUGUACCAAAAACCAGUGGUGUAAAAGUUCCCCUUUCUACAUCCAUCACUCUCUGGUUGUAUUUCCUCUUCUUCUCGUUUUCUUGCUCUUGGACCGGGAGUUAACAUGCGUUACACGUACGUCAAAGAAUACCGUUACUGCUGGUGUCCAAAAACCUCCCGCCUUCUUCAUAUCCAGCCUCGCUUCUCGACUUGUAACGGUGGACUGAAGGUUGAAUACUUCAUUGUCGAGUGCUUGCAGGAGUGGCUCUGUCUCCACAAUUCUGCCCACUUUACUGAUGUGUGAUGUCAGAAGAUCUCGGAUUGUAUCAUGUCUCUGAGCUACAAAACCUCCUUUCUUACAUGACAACGCGUGAUUGACAGUAAACAUUUCUCCACAAGCACAGUAACUAGGGCGAUUAGGCAGAGGGAGGUUAAUAAUAAUAAUAAAAAUAAUAAUAAUACAGAAAACUUAUUGAGUCACACUGGGAGAAGAGAAAUGGCAAGGACAACGGACUAAAAAUAGAUGGGAGGACUCGGCCCUUGACAGUGGAGGGUGUUUAGCAUGGAUGAAUAGCUGGAGACCGGUGCCAACCCAUACCGUAGCAGCUAUGCAGGAAUUGUACCAACAGAUGUUACCAAUCAAAUUAUACCACCAAAGGAAAACUGGAAAAGAGAGUGUGACUGCAAAUGUUAUGUGCCGAAUGUGUGGUAAAUCGACCGAAAGUGUGCGGUACGUAUUGGCGGGGUGUGGGUAGGGCCAAAAGAAUCGACGACAGAAUAGUUGACAAAGAGCAGAAACGAGUUGUCCUUGGUUGGAUAGCCGCGAAGUGAAAGAGAUGGAGAAGACUCAGAAAUAUGAUCCAAUAAUGUAGAAAUUGAGAGCGAAAAAUCCUGGCUACCAAGUGAAACAAUAUAACAUCGUUAUUGAUGUUCUGGGAGGAUAUUAGGCUGGUGUGAGUUAGGCAGUGGAGGAACUUGUUGGAGAGAAGAGUGCCACUAUCUUACAAAGAAUGCAGGGAUCUGUCAAAUUGAUUAAACUAAACAUUGCUUGUAGUUUGAAAAUUCUUGCUUAAACAAAGAGAAUUAUUGCUAAAGUGUAUUUUUUUUUGAAAAAAAAUUAUUAUUGUAUAUUGAAAUUUUUAUUCAAACUUUUAGUAAGAUUUUGCGAUAGAUUUUAAGUGAAGUAGAACGGUGGACAAAAGUUUAGGAGACACGGAAACAUUUUUAUGUUUUUUUUUAUAAAUAUAUUGCUAACGUUUUAAUAUUUUACAAGAGUCGGCUAUAAUAUUCUUAAUACUUCAAUAUUUUUCACUUUAGAAAGACUUCACGGCGCGGUGGUUGAUUAGAGUCAGACGCUCAACUUCUGGGUUUUUUACUGGGCAUCCAGACGUGUAAAACUGCCAUAAUAAUAAUGUUUAUGCUAAUGCUAAUGAUAAUAAUAAUAAUAAUAAUUCAAAAAACUUCUCUAGCGUUAUUUACUUAAAAAUGAUCAGUAGCGCAUUCCACUAAUUCACUUUAAAAAAAUCUAUUCUAUAUAUGAGUCUUUUUUUCCAGUUUUUUGAGGUUACAUAAUGCUAUUCUGGAAUUUCCAUCCUGACUUUGGAUGUUGGUUGGUGUGCUAAAAUAUAAUAUAAAUAUACAAUGUAAACUGCGAAAUGUAAAAUACAAUUGAAUAAAAAAUGAGUCAAUAAAUAAAUAACAAAUAAAAAUAAUUAUAGCAUAGUAUAAUAAGAUCAGAUCAGAUUUGCUUUAAACAAGGGUCCAAAUGGAACCAAAUUUCUAGUCUAACCUGUCCGAACUUAUUGAACUUUCACUUUUAGUUUUGCCCCUUUGUCGGUGCUUCGCAGUGUUUUCAAACUGCAAGUUGUUGGAAAGACUUAAAACUACAAAACCUAACGUCAGUUGUGUCUCCUAAAGUUUUGCGCUGAAAUACAUACUCUGCUGAAGAAUCAGUCGUUUGCGGCCACGUUCGUUUGCAUUUGGCACUAAGCGAUCACGAAUGGCACGUUUUACCAAUUAAUUUCCAUUUAUGGAAGUCUCACUUAGUUGGAAAUUGCUUUUAUGUAACGCCGUAGUAAUAUUUCACUGCAAGUGCCAUAAUUAAAUCAAGAUUUACACUGUAGGGAAAAGGCGUGGUAUUAAAGUUGCAAUAGUUCUUGCCCAAACUGAAUCACUCUAAACAAUUAAGCGACCUUUUCAGCUUGGCAGUUUGAUAUAUUUUUUGUAUGUGAAUGCAUAUUCUAUUAAGUAGUAAAAUCAACGUUUACAGAGUGCGUUCUACCAAUGUAGAUCUCAGGCUUACUCUUGUUUGUCAAGUUAGUGAUGAUGUCACUUUCUCCUGCAAAAUCUGGGAGGGUGCUAGAUAUGUAUGCUAAUAAGAUCCGGCCAAUCGGUCAUCCCAUGAUCAAAACGAAAGGAAAGAGAAGCGCAGUUGACGUAGCAGAAAGGAUUCAAUUUCUAUUCUGUAAACAAAAUAAUUAUUCGAUUUUGCUUAGCAACGAGACUCUAAAAUGGAAGCGGAGAAUCAUGGUCCCGGUCGUUCCUAGCGGAUAUCGGGGAAACUGGGGAUAAGAAUCGCAAAGUGACAUAAAAAGUAAAUAUUCCUGAAGAAUACUCAACCGUCGAUAACGUAGGACUUGAAAAACUUUUACCGAAGAAAUCCUGUUUCGUGUAGAAUUAAUCACCUCCCCAUUUCUUAUUUAAUCUCUAAGUAAGCUCGAUUUAACGCUUUUUUGAGCAUGUCUUUUAUUUUGUUUUAGUGAUCGAUGGAACAUUCUGGAUUUCAUUACCCUUCUGAACUACUUAGUGACCUUUGUACUCAGAGUAGUCACGUGGACCUUGUCAGAAUCUGUGACGGACAAUCGAUCUCUCGUUAUCGCUGGUUAUCUGUAUGGCCUUAACACCAUGUUCCUUACUCUUCGAGCCUUUGGUCACGUGAUGGAAACUGCCAAGGGGAUUGGCGCCAUUCAGAUCGCUCUGUUUCACAUCAUCGGCGACAUAGCGACGAUAUUCUGGCAGUUUGUUGCGGCUAUUUUAGCGUUUUCGAUCGCCAUUACAAAAGUGUACAUGGCAGAAAGAUCAUUCAUCUCUAACAAAAAUGCCACAGAAUCGUAAGUAGAAUACAAAUUUAGCGUGGUAGUCAGUUGAUGCCUUUGGCUCAAGAAUAAAGGAGCGCUUCUUUUGGGAAAAUCUUUCGUUUUGAUUUUUGUCUGUUUUGCGAUGCGUUAUUGUUGGUAGAUGAUAUGCUAUACACAACGCUGCUUUGUCUGUUUGAAAAACUGUUGAAUUGAAUUGAAAAAUGCAUUUACAUGAAGAUUACAAGACUGGAAUAAAUAAUUUCAUAAUAAAAAAAAUUGACGAAAGGCAAUUAAUGUCUAAUCGACGAACCGCUUGGUUUUGGUUUUUUAUUCUUUCUAAUUGUGUUUGUUACUAGUAAGACGCGUGUUUCAACAACGAGCCGUCGAGUAAAUUUAUUUAGGAUACAUGUUUGAUAACCAUGUACGAUUACUGACAUUAAAAAGAUGAAAAAAAAUGUUUAAGAUUAAAAGUUAUCGACUCGUUUUGCCCUUUUCCACAUUUGUAGUGCCUGCGAAUCGUCCAGUGGAUUGGCUUGGUAAGAUAAUUUCUUAUGUGUCUGUGUCGCGUCUUUGCUUACAUUUUUUGCCUCAUUAAAAUAUGCAUAAUUAUCAUUUCUUAUCAAGCUAUUAAGAUGCUAUCUCCGAAUAUUGUAUCAGCAUAGCAAUGUUAGUUAUCUCUGAAAAUUUGAUCCAGAUAUACCGAAUGGCUCCGGAGAAAUUCUCUCUUUUUAAAAAAUCGAAAAUCAGCUUUUGUUACCACCCAGCAAUUUUAGUGUAUUGAUGGCUGUUAUUUCCUUCAAUAUUGCUCGCAAAGAGCUGAAAAUUGCACAAAUUUCUGAAGUUAACCAGCUCUUGCAACCUUCGAAUUUAGUUCUUAUAUACGUCCACGGCAUCUAUCAAUUUUAAAAGUUGUAUGCUUAUGACAAAAAAUGUAAACAAUUACGUUAGCAAAGUUAGCUUGUAAAGUCUCAGUGCUGACCACUUUAUGUUCAGUAGAACAGUCCAACCUGAAUGAAGCGGAAAAAUAUUCAACUUAUUUUCUGUAAAACUAACCUUUAUUAAGUGGUCACCUCUAUUAAGCAGUCGCGAUCACCUUUUCCGUAGACCUGGGGGGUUGUUAGUUUAUUGUUCUCAACUUUAUUAAACAGUCCCUUCAUUAAUAUGUAGAAUACAUUAGCACAAUAUAUACACUGUACAUGGCAUUCAGUGGUCGUUUACCGCUCACCCUUUUUUUUUGGCACAAGAAGAGGAAGAAACACUUCAUUUGAGGUCAAGUUGUCGCGUUAUCGAUAUUUUGCUUUGUCACCAUCUUCAUUUUCUUGAUAAACUCUGAGUUAGGUAUGUCAAACCUGUAUUACAGUCGACUCUCGCCUUGCGGACACCCCGCUAAUGCGGACAAGAGCUUGCUUCCCGGCGAAACGCAUUAAGAAAUGACUGAAACAAGCUCCGGCUAUUACGGACUCUCGCUAUUACGGAAAUGAGGACACUUUCCUAUCCCCAAGUGCGACCUUUCACUUGUUUUUUCUCUCGCUAUAACGGACACCCGAGUAUUUCGUCAAAAAUCCUUACUGACAUAACAUAAAGCGACAUUACGAUAAAAGUGCGAACAUGAGAAUUUCCAGCAUGCAGCCGGAUCGUUUUCAGGGUCGUGAGGCCUCCUUGGACGCUUUAUGUUUGCUUAGUUGGAAUAAAUAAAAAGACCAUUCAAGAAUCGAUUAGUCUUUUUUCAUGACCAAAGUUAUUUUUGUAUUAACUAAAAGUUAUCUCUUUUUUUUUCUAUCAAUUCAGUUGGUGGAGUAUGAUGAAGCAUCUUACCUGGUCUCUGUUGGGAGUAGCGGAGUUGGAUCCUCUGGACUCAGUGGACAGCACAUCAGUAACUCUCGUCCACUUUCUCUUUGGAGCUUUUCUUAUCAUGGGAGUCAUUCUUUUAGUUAACAUGAUGAUAGCCCUACUGUCUAACACAUAUCAGCGAGUUGAGGUAACAACAAGGCAUACAUGUAGUUUUAUACUAUUUUCUUACGUUGGUUCUGUUGCAACAUGUGCACGUGAACAUAUACCUACUACUUUAAUUUAUACAAAAUUUCAAUUGCCGUAAUUUACGUAAUUUACUUGGGGAUUGUACCAUGCCUAGGUUCGAAACAUUUAGUGUCACAAUCGAUCCCCGCUUUACGGAAACCCUCUUAAUACGGAUAUCUCAUUAAGAAAGCUCUUUCAUUUUUCCUUUUGAUUAGCAGAUGGCUCGGAACAUGUGAAAUUCGAAGUUCAACCCGGGCCUUAAAUACAUUCUUGUACCAUUAGGUGAUCUUUAGAUUAGUUGUUGUUAGCCGGUUGGCUUCUUUUGUUUUCUUAGAGGCGGAUUUAGGCAAUUUCCCUUUGGCCAAUUUCAAGCUAAAUAAGCAAACUGCAUAAUAAAUAUGAUACAGUGUGAACUGUGUCUGAUUACUUCUUAUAUCCAAGAGUAUAAUGAAAUAGUUGUCAAUUUUAGACGUUUGCUACCGUCGUUUUCGUACUUACAAGCCAUGGGAAUUGCUUAAGUUUGACUAAACAGUUAAGAAUGCGAUGAUUUUUUUUUUGAGGAUAACUCCCUGAAAGAAUGGUCAUUCAAGAAAGCCAUAACGAUCCAGACCUAUAGCACUUACCAUCCAAUUCCGGUACCUCUUAACCUGUUAUCACAUUUCUUUCUGUGGAUAAAAUGGCUGUGCCACAAGUGCAGGCGCUGCAAAAGGAAUCCGGGAAAUAGUUCUUGGACUGACAAUAAUCAUGUAAGUAACUUUGUCAUUAUUGCAACAAGUAACGGAAUAAUAAUUUUUGCACUUGCCUGGUGUUGCGUUAGAUAUAUAAUAAUUGCCUGGUCAUUUCACAAUCGUGGAUCAGAAAAAGAAAUAUGGCGGACUCCAUGGCACGUUUGAAGACUGAUUAGCGCUAAUCCAAGGUUAAGCUUUAGAAUUUGGGUUUCUUUUUCUUUUUUCGAAAGCAUUUUCUCAGAUAAUUUUUUCCAUUUUUUCAAAUUGUAGGCAAACUGAUAAAAGUGGAUUAAUUUUUUCUUUUUAAGCGUUCACAUCUUAAUUUCACGUUAACCUUAAGUUAUCUUAGCCUAGCGUUAAACAACCCUGUCCGGAAGGGUGCUUCGCCAUUAUGCUACGGAUAGCAAAGCCAUUUGUUAGGUCCAUUUACGAUUAGCGCUGGUUCUGCAUAUGUCUUACAUCAGCAAUGUCUGAAGCGUAGUAUACAGUGAAGGGGAAGCUGCGAAAACAUAAGAACCCACUCUCCCCACUUCCUCAGUGCGUGUAUCUUAAUGUGCAUGUCAUACUUCUUUACCGUUUUUUUUUUGCCCAAUUUUCUGAACAGAAUAAGUCCCUGGACGAUGUUGUGGAAAAACUCCAUCUUACUUACUUUUCAAGUUACGGUUACUCGUUUCCUCUGACAGGUAAAAAAUGUUUUCUUAAUUUUUAAGCACAGAAGGUGAAUUGAUAACUCGUUUUCCUGCUAACACCGAUGAUCAGUUAUAUCGAACUGCUGUUAUAUGUGCCAUUUUUCUCGAAUUGUUUUUAGAUGAAAGAAAAAUGGAUCAUGUUCUUCAGGAAACUGAACGAAACCGGCAAAUGGCAAAUCAAAUUGCAUACAGAACAUUUGCGGCGAAGGGAGUUGAUGAUGAUGCCUUUCCAACUGGUCCAAAGGUAUACCUAUACCGUGUUUUCAUCUUAAAAAGUGUUUGGCCUAUCAACUAGAAAUUGGUCUUAACAAUUUAAGAAUCACAACUGCUUAUUUUACUUGUGUUUGUGAUUAUUACGAUUAUAUUUCAUAUAACUGUAAAGAAACAUUAAAAGGCUUGCUCUAAGUUAAACUUACAAUGCAACCGUACUCCGCUUUUAGGCCUGGCAAAGUCAAGGAAUCAGAAUACAGGGAUGCCUUUUAACUUGUGAAGGAAGCGAAUUUUGCUCCACAUGCAAAUAUGAUCCGGGUAAAUAUCACGGCGCAAGAUACAAGUUCCCUUUCUCUCCAGAUUCUCCACAUUUUGAGGUACAUAGUAUAAAGAUUUUUAACGUCCUGAAACUGCUUGUCGUGACCUACUGGUGUAAAUACAAAUUAGACCAGAAUCACGUUGUCGUCAAGACUCGUGGGGACGAAUUCUCCGACUCUCACUCACGUCCAGAAAUGCAUGCAAUGGCGAUAAUGGUGAAAAUCGCCAGACAGCUGGCGAUUAUAAUUGGAUGUGACUUGGAGAGUGGCGAUUUUGGCAAAAUGGCGAUGUUGUAAAAGAAUGGGACAAAUGGGGAAAAAUCGCCAGUGGGCUGGCGAGAUUCAUAAUGUGGCAAAUAAUCAAAUUGGAUGCCAAAAGUGGCCCCUUGGAGAGUGGCGAUUUUGGCAAAGAUGCAGUGAAACCGGUGAUUAGUAAAUCAGGUAACUAAACAGGCCUCUAAGAGUGUCGAUUUUCACAAAAAUGGCUGACAAGACAGAAAUGCCAACAGGUAAAAAAUAUGCUGGGGAAUUUAUGUACAAAAGGUCCCUUUGAAAUGGAAAAUACUCUUACUAUACAUACUCAGCAUUGCCUUUAAUUAACUGUGAAGCUACAUUUAUCAAAUACAACUGAAUCAAAUAUAUCAGACAACAAUGAAUAUAUGGAAGUCGUUUCAGUUAAGCUUAUGUAUUUGUGCCAUGUACUCCAAAGAUUAAGGAGGGGGACAUGGGGGUUUACGGUAUUGCGGUAUUGGGCUUUUUUUCAUGCGCCAUUUCGGUAAUUUUGAUUUAAAAGUGAAGUGUGGUAUCAUCUAGCUCUGCGGUAUGCGGUUUUUCAUCAUUUUGGCUGACAGUAUUCGGUGAAAUAAGAUUGUUCACGGUAUUACGGUAUCGUUUAUUUUAGCCUGAGUAUCAGAAACGACUGAUACUCAGGUUACGUUUAUUUGCGCUUCCCUUUCGAUACAAUACGCAAAACAAAACACAGUAUAAGGACAUAAAGGUCAAUAAAAGUUGAUAUUUAGAAGUCUUGAGGCAUAAUGGUAAAUGAUUAUGAUUAUGACAGUUAGGGACGGACCAUUAGAAAAGUUAUGGGGGGAGGUGGGGAAUUUUCGAGCCGCAGGAAUUUCUUUCGUUAUUAAAUUCCUUGUAUUAAUUUUUUUAGCCCAUGGCAUGAAUCUUUUUUAGGUUUAAUUGGCGUGCAUGAAUUUUUUUCAUUUAAUUUUCCCUUGCGCCCCUCCCUCCCCCCCCCCCAUAAGUGCUCUAAUGGUCCGUCCCUUAAUGGUCGAGGAUCGAUAAUAUACAAUGUGAUUGUCGUUGCAUCCAAUGACAAUGAGUCGUCUCAAGUUACCUUACCAGGCUUUUCGAUCUGUGUUCCUGUGCCGGUAAUUCGCGGUCUUACACGUUUUCUCACAUUGGCUGAGGUUGCUGAGGUUGAAGACGGCGUGGUCAUCAUUGACUGUGUGGCAUUUUUUUAUGAAGAGGGCGAAGGAGGCGAACAUUAUCACAAGAAGAAUAAGUUUAACUGUCGGGUUUCGAGAACUGAAAAACGCCUUGGCGGUUAAAAGAAAAAAUUUGGUAAGCUUGCCUCUGACCGGCGCGACGUGUAGGACAGUAGAUAUACUUGACCCCCGAGAGACUGACGUGCUAGACUAGACUCACUUAUCAUAGCCUGCAGUGCAGGCGUUUUCUUCGGGCGCCAAUGUUUUGCUCGCGAAAGCGCAUGUUGAAACUCGAAAAGAGGGGAGAAAAUGGUCCUCCCCUCUUUCCUUCUUUCGCCCUAGCACCUACCCUUAGGGUUACUAUUUUUACUCUCCCUAAUCAAUAAUAAAAUAAAUAAAUAAAACUUUAAUAAAUACUCCCAAAAAAAGGUUUUUCAGUACCUAUUUACAAAUAUAAAUGCAAACUAUAUCUAACAAGCUAAUAUUGUUAAAUGCUAACUGUCAUUCAAUCAUUCAUUCAUUACAAGUUUCAGGGCUUUCUUGAAGGCCUUUACAGUUGUAGCGUUUCUAAGGUCUUCGUCUAACGUGUUCAGCAGGGAUACUGCUCUAUAGGCGAAGGUCCGUUGGCCGGUGGCUGACCUGAAUAAUGGAUUUCGAACUUCUCAUUAUUACGGGUUGUGCGAUUAUGUACAGAAGAUCGUGUUUUAAACUUAGCACAUAGGUAUUCAGGAACUAAAUUGUUGGCACACUUAUAACCCAUAACAGCGUCUCUGAAUUUGAGCAUCUUGCUAACUGGAAGCCAGUUGAGUUCGUCAAGUAAUGGCGUCACGUGGUCAUAUUUCCGAGCGCCGCAGAUGAUUUUGCAGGCAAAAUUCUGAAUAAGUUGCAGCUUUUGAAUGUUCUUAGAUGAGGUAUUAGACGACACGGUCGAACAGUAGAGCAUUUUGCUAAAGACAAGAGAUGUAAUAAUUAAAACCAAAGUCUUUCUAUCGAAACAAUAUUUCACGCGGUUGAUCUGAACCAGUUUAGUCAAGCAAGAAGAGACUAAGUGGGAGAUUUGAGUAUCAUAGGUCAGGUGUAAAUCUGUGUAUACUCCUAGAUCUCUUGCUGAUUCGACAGCCGUAAGAGUCUUUCCAAUAAACGAAAUAGUGAAAUUAAACGAUGCUUACUUAUCAUUUGCUUGGUGCCGAUCAACAUGAACUUCCUUUUAUCAGGGUUUAUUAACAAAUCAUUUAUGCAACACCAGGUGGCAACAUUGCGCAAAUCAUCUUCGAGCUUGAACUUAGCGUCAAUGACAUCGGCUACGGGAAAAGAUAGCAAAACUUUAGAGUCAUCGACGUAUGACUCGAGCUGGCAGAAUUGAGGAGCGCCUGGCAGAUCGUUUAGAUAAAUACAGAAGAGGAGCGGUGAAAGAAUCGCUCCCUGGAGGACGCCGUGUGUGAUUGGUAAUGGAUCUGAUAGCACAGAAUCGAUACGCACUGAUUGGGUCCGGUCUGAAAGGUAGCUGCGGAACCACUGAACUACGGCGGGUGAGGCACCUACAGCGGAGAGCUUCUGGAGUAACUUCUGAUGGCAAAUACUGUCAAAAGCCUUUGAGAGGUCGAGUAAGACUAAUGCGCUUCAAGGUCUCGGUUGAAUGGAGUGACUUGUUGCGCUGCCGCUUUGGUGGGAUGACAAGCGGUUGCGUGACAUCAGGUAGGUGAAAAAUUGUUCUAGAACAAUGUUCUCGCAAACUUUAGACGCAACAUUAAGUAGUGACAAUGGCCGAUUGUUCGAAGGCUUUUCGUGAUCUCCCUCUUUUAGGAGUGGGAUGACCUCAGCGAUCUUCCAGUCUGAUGGAAAGGUAGAAGUACCGAGUGAGCAGUUGAUUAUCUCAGUAAUAGGCCCGAGUAUUACUUGUAGGGCGUCCUUGAAUACUCUAGCUUUGGUUUUGUCAGGUCCUGGAGCUCUGUUCAAUGGUAAAGACAAGAUGACACGCCUUACAUCUUCGAUGCUCACUGGAGUGAACUUGAAGCAAUCAUCAGAAGAUGAUACAAGAUCUGGCAUGGAUGAGUUUGAACAGAUGAUAUCAUUUUCUAAUGCCAGCUUUGCAACAGCCUCAGCCGUGCGGCUUCCUACGGAUGAAAAAUUUGAAUUAAAUUCAUUUGCAACAGACUUGAAGUCUUUAGAAUAGACGAGUUUCUCCUGUGUUUUCGAUGGAACGAUGUUGUUGAUCACUUUCCAAAGGGAUCUCGAGUUAUUCAUAUUAUUCUGAACUUCUUGAUAUGUAUGAUGUUUUUCAGCUUCAAUGAGAGCUUUUUUCACACUUUUGCGGGAGAUUUUAUAUUCUGCCCAGUCAAAUUCAUUGCGCGUUAAGGGGAAACGACGAUGGAGACGGUUUCUUAUUUUCAUAAGAUCCUUCCUUCCACCGUCAUAACAAAGAUUGCGGUUACAACAGUACGAACAUAAACAAGCAGCUUUCGCCCGCCCAAAAUACGCCUGCACUGCAGACUACACUUAUCAAAACUCGCACUAGAAAUGCGUGGAAACGGGUUUUGGUUGGUUUGUAUUUCGUUUUUGUUUUCGCGCUUUUAAGAGUUGUUUUUAUUGGAGUUAAUUAGCUGUUGGGUCGACCUACCAAAAGGUUGAACGAAUGUAGUUUGCUUUUUAGUGAAAGUUUGCGAAAAAUUUGCAAACUACCAAAAUGUUAAAAAAACCCAAAAAACUUUGGACAUCUGGUGAAUAAAUGCCUGAGAUAAUUAAACGCGCUGAUGGAAGCAACCAUAAGUAUGCGGAACCGAUUAUAAAUGUGAUUAAAAUAUGCGGUAUUGGUAUUUGGACGAUUUUGGAAGCGGUGUUCCGGUAUUUGCCAUUUUUUCUUAUGGUAUUGCGGUAUUGGGUACCCCCCCAAUAUCCCCCUCAUUAAGUAAACACUUUUUAUUAUUACUUUCGAAGUCGCUUGACUUACCAAAAAUAAUGUGAAGCCUUGAAAUAUCACACUAGCAUCAAUUGCUCUUGUAUGGGUUAUUCCUUUCAAAAUCGUACAAAAAGGAGAGAUUUGUUCGUUCAAGCCAUCGAAAGCAAUCUCACUCUCACAGCUAGUCCAAAAAUAACUCGAGGAGACAAUCUCCAAGUCCUUGAAAUGAUAAGAAUUCCUUACAGUGCACCUCUGACUUUUGAGGUUAAAUGUGACCUAAACGAUCCUAAUUGUUGACAAUUCUAUUUACAUUGUGUUCCAUUAAAUUGUGAGGCAGAAAUGUUCAUCAGCUUGCUUGCGCAAUUUUAAAAUGCGUGAAUUCGCUCAUUUUACGUAAACCUAAACGAAAUGUCACUAGUAUCCAAUACUUCAUCGAACUUAUUAAAACAUAAACAUUGAAUCAAAUAUUAUGCCAUUCACACUGAAAUUGAAAUAAUAACACCAAUUAAGCAUUUGUAAAACAUUCUGCAUCUUUUUAUCAACCAUGUUGGUCUCGUUCUUAAAAUAUCUUUGAAAUAUCCAAUAAGGACAGAAAGACGUAACAUUAUUUCCAAAAAAUCCUCUAUUUUUCUUCACCUGCCACUGUUCGUCGCAUCUCGUUCACCAGGCCCUUUCUAUUACCUCGGAGACCCUGGGGGGAAAAUGGGCUAUUUCAACAUGGCUGCCGAUAACAACUGCGUGCACCUUACCACACGUACAUUACACAUUCUGUGAAACAGCAAUGAACUAGCUCGUUUAUGUAAGAUUGAACGCCAUUUUAACAAAGAGAACGAAUCCACAAGGCAAUAACGACCAUCCAAUUAUCUACGUGUGUGGACUUGAAGCAAAAUGGAUUCCUCAAGGAAUUUAUAAAGAUGAACUAGCUAUUAAUAAGUAUUCAUCUUCUAAACAUAAUUCAAACAGCGACUGCAAGACUGGGAAAUUAAGGAUACCUAUCUUGAAAUUUUUGGUAAGUAAAUUUCGAUAAACAUUGCGACAAGUACCAUUCACUGAUAAUACAACUCGUGAACCAUUCCACCAAUUUGAAUUGUGGAAGAAAUUAUUUAUAGGUGGUAAUGUCCGAACAAGCAACCUUGUUUGAGACGAAUUUCAAAUCACAGAGAUUAUCAGUUAAAGGUAUUAGCAUUAUAAAUAGAAUAAUGACACUUUAGUUACACCAGCUUUGUCAUUAUCAAUACGUUGGCAACAUUUCCACUAUCUUAUGGGCAUGAUAUCCACCUCUUUGACAUAUUUCAGAUAGGUUCACUAAUUCUCAAAGGGAACCUUUUGCCGAGUCAUACAAAUCAACAAUCUGUAUGUUAAUAAAUCCAUGCAUUUGGAAGUUUUUGCCAGAUACGUCAAAAUCGUCGCUUUCAAAAAGGACCAUUUGCCAUGUCAUUUGAGAUUUUGUUAAAAGUUUGGCGGUUGUUCGCCAUUUCUGCCAUGUUCGUCAAAUACGCCAUUUUCGCCAAUUUUAAAAGGGUACGUUUUCCAUCUUAUUUAACAAUUAGGCGAUUAUUCGCCAAUUCUGCCAUUUUCGCCAAAUACGCCAUUCUCACCAAAUUCGACGCUUUCAAAAGGGACCCUUUGGCAUCUUAUUUCAUAUUUUGUUAACAACUUGGCUGUUGUUCGCCAUUUCUGCCAUUUUCGUCAGCAGUGCGUGCAUUUCUGGCAUAUCUCCUGACUCUACUUGAGCUUUUAAUUUGCUUCUAAUGUAACAUGUCAAAUUUUACUUUAGAUUUAAGUUUUCAGACUGUUAUAAGAGUGAGAUCCACCAAGUAUUGAUAAUACUGAUGAAUUCCUCAUUUUUAUAGGGCGUAUUUGAUUUAUCGUAUUCUGUAGGAAAGGAAAAAAAACCAAAAUCAUUUGCUUCGGCAUUCAUUGCAUUGCGAUAUCUAGAUAUCGUAUGUAGCGUUUUUAAAAGUGGUCCAAACAUUACAGUGCUAGAUAUUUGUAAUAAAUUUUGUGUAUUCUUAUUCCGGAAUACGAUCCAUGGAACACAUCCUUAAUUUACUUCAUAGGCUUAUCAGCAUGUUUAGUUAAACACACAAAAUUUGAUAACCUUGAUAACAUCUCUUCAGUUUCAUAAUUUAAGGGUUUAAUAGUUUGGGCUCAGUGCAAUUACAUUUACAUCUUUUCCUUUAAUUAGGUCCUCGUUCAAGAAACAGGGGAAAGACGUCUUUUAGGGGUCGGUGUUGUUGGAAACGAUUAUGGAAAUCAUGCCAUGCCGGGUUGGUUCAAUGGAACCGUGGGAUAUCACAUUGAUGAUGGAAGAAUAUUUGACGCAGAAAAUCCAACUAGGGGAAAAGAGUAUGAAGGUGAGAUAAUAAUAAGCAAAAAUUCAUAGACAAGGCCUAGGCCUUUCAACUCGUUAUCUAGUAACUCCUUUUGUGGGAGACAAAGUUUCAAUGAAAAUAGUUGCGUCCAAUAAUUGGUUUUGAAUUAACAUUCAUUUUCCAGUAUAUUUAUGUUCCAUGAUUCUUAAUCGAAGACUACCUUAAAAAACUUCAUGGACCGUGGAAAAGAGUUUUUCAAUAAUGACAGGUUCCUGCUAAGGAUUUUGUUUUGCUUAAGCCAUGUGAAAAACCUGUUUUUUGUCUUUCGUUUUAUUGCUGGUAAUUUUGCCCGUACAAAUAUUUGCAAAACGACAAAAUCAAUCCAUCCAUAGUCAGCCAACUUCGAGCAUGAAGAUGUCCAAUUUAUCGGUCCGUAAGUGACAGCGAAACAUCUGCUUUUGGUAAUGAAAAUAGUAGUCAGUGGUUUAGCAAAUAUUCAUAAAAUGUGUAAAACGUGUAUCAGUUAUUGUUUCCCCUCACCACUGGCCAGUCGAUAUAAAUCUUUCAAAAUAUCUUUGUAGACGCCAUGGCCCACAGAGGGGAUUUGAUUGGUUGCACAGUUAGGUUUGACUUGGCAAAAGAUGGGAAAGUUCCAGUUGUGUUUUCUUUAAACGGACGACAGGUCACACGGAACGAGAUAUCCGUGGAUUACACCCAUAACGAGAAAUUUCUGUAUCCUUAUAUUGGCAUGGGACACCAGGGAUUAAGAGUGCUUGCCAAGGUCAGUAUACUUUCUUAAUGCCAGUUAUUUUUAUUACUAGUAUUACUGUAACUGAGAUUUUGAGCAUUGACCAAUAAAGGCUGCUGGCCUCUCUCGAGAGCUUGUUUGUAAAAUUGCAGGAUUCUUCAUGUUGUUGCUGUUCGCAACCUUGAAAGUUUCCUCCUUGGGAAAAACCUUGAGACAUGUUCAUUGCAUAAGCAUCCGAAGCACAGUUUGCUAAAUAUCAGGGAUUGAAUUCUUUCUUGGUAGGGUUUCUACCCUAACGAGUGACAAUCCUUAAAGGAGUGGUGCCUGUGCCCGGUUCUUUAAGAAUUUAAAAAUGCGCGAACUACUAUAAAUUAAAAUUGUCACACUUCUUAAGAUUGUCUGGAAGGUUAUUAAAAAGGGCAGCCGCAGUGUCCUGGAAGGUUCCUUUUUUGCAGAGGAACUUGUAAUCUUAAGAGCCCGAAAAGCGCAAACAUAUAGAGACUCUCCGUAAGUUUGAAUAUGAAGGCCACUGCUUAGCGAGAAGUGCUUUAAAAGUCAACUUAAGCAAAUUAAAGUCCCUUUUCUCUUCAACUGGGAGCCAGUUGAGCUUUAAAAUGUCUCCAAUAUCAUUUACGUAUCUGCCAUAAGCAAAACGUGCGGCAGCAAAUUCAAUUUUUUUGAAGACGUUUUAGCAAGUUUCCUGGCAAAGGUGAAUAGACCGAGUCACAAUAGUCGUGCCAUGAUAAUACAAGCGACUCUGCAAGUCUCUUACGUAGGUGGAAGUUUGUAAAAUGUUUUAAUUUUCGCAAUGUACGUAAGGCUCCAUAAGAAGCAUUAGCGAUGUCCUCGACAUGAUAAUUCCAUUUUAAGUUCUCUUGAACUUCACUCCCAGUAGCCUUGUUUCACUGAAUCUUUUUAGUCGACGAUUCGAAAUUUCUAAGUUGAGGGUUUCAUCUUUGAGAACAUGAAAGCUAGCCAUUUGGCUUGUUGCGAACAGCAUCGACUUAGUUUUCACUGAAUUUAGGGCGAGAUUGGACUUGAAAGACCACGAAGCCAUAUGGCUGAGAGGGUUAUUAAAAUCAGCAACAUUUUGUGCGAGAUCUUUAACAGAGCAUUGUUUGUAAAGCGAAGUGUCAUCAGCGUAUUGAUAACAUGAAAUGGAGUCACUGAGGUUAUCCCACAAAUCGGCAGUAUAUAUGUUAAACAACAACGGGCCUAAAAUUGGCCCCUAGGGAACCCCGUUCCAGUAACGAUUUCUUGUCAUCAAUUUGUACGUAUUGAAAGUGAUCACAUAUCAUUUCUUUCACAAUGCGGUAAUCCUUUAUCCAAUUUCUCUAACUGAUUAGAUAACUUUAUAAAAAGAUUUAAAGAAUUAUCUAUUCAUCGAGUUGAUAGCCUUAUAUGUACACCCAAAAAUAGCAAUCAUCUUCCAUCACAUUCAAGAGCCAUAAUGGCUUUUGAUCACAGCAUGGAAAACAAAUCAGGCCGAAUUUUUUCCUUUCCACAAGUUUACUUUACAAAAUCUUGCCUACAAAUCUGGGGGUGUGUAAACCAACUUUUUAUACCUUUUAUACAUCACAUCUGAGGUGAAACAGUACUUUUUAUCAUACAGACCUCGGACAGAAUGAAGUAUUUCACAAUUUUUCAAGACUAAUAAUAUACACGAAAAAAUUACUCAAUUCUGAUUGGCUGAGAAAGGAGUGCAGUUCUUCUGUAAAACGAAUGCAAAUUUGUAACACGAGUGCAAAUUACAAAUGGUUUCUGAUUCGCUGAAGACUCAAAAGAAACCAGCAAGAAUCAAUCAGAUUGGAGCUGUUUUAACCACAAAAUUCAAGAAAAUGGCCAUAGUUUUCAGCAGACGACGACGAGAUUUAAUUUUGUAAGCAAAACAACAAUACUGAAAAGUUAAAUUUUGAAGAUUCCAAAAGCCCGAACACAGUAAAAAGUACGUCUUUCUGGCUAAAUGUAUUGAAAAUGCGUUGCUAAGAGAAAAAUACAUGAUAACAACAGGGAUUUCAAGUCACGUACUCCAUUUGUUGGAGGA